AAAGGAAAUACAGGCGACGAGGGACACCUUAAAUAUUUACUUAUUGCAGAUUAUCUCAUCUGAAUGAAGAACUUUGAAGCACGCUCACAUAAUAAAUAUAAUAUGCACUUUUCAACUAAAGAAGUACAAUAACUUGACCAAUUUGGUUCAAGUUGGUUGCUCCAUUUAAUUACUCCGAGUUCAACAACGGUUCGGUUUCCAGCACUUGAUUUUCGUGUCUCCCCCGAGUCUGCUCAGAAACAUUCCCCGGAAAAUCAACCUGUUUUUGAAACCUGCUUCUAAAAGAAAUCACCACACAAUUUCAGUCGUCUAAUAAUGAAUCAGAUCAAGAACGAAAAUACCUUAAGUUUAACAUCUAAAACUCUCCCAAACAAUGAUGACGCGGACUUGCAGAGUUGGAAUAUUAACGUAAAUGAAGACGCUCACACAAGGGAGUCUUUUAUUUCUGUGCCAAUUUCUGAAGGCGAGGAAAAAUCGAAAAAUAUUAUUAGCCAAUCUGGAAAGGAUGCCACGACAGGAGGAGAAACCAAUAAGACGCAGAAGGGAUGGAAGAAAUACAGAGGAAUAAUUUUGACAAUUGUCGCAGCGAUACAGUUUUCGCUAAGUGCACUCAUAAUCAAAGUGUUAGGUUACCAUCCCUUCAAUCUCGGCGUUUGGAGGUUCUUGGUGAUGAUGAUCAUUCCCAUACCAUUUAUCUGGCAUGCACUUUUCUGGAAGAAACAAAAAGUCUUCAAAGCACUUUGGCCAGUCAACUCCACGCUGGUUUACUUGGUGUUCCAAGCCAUCGUAGGAUCAAAUUCGCUUGUCCUCCUGUUUUAUGCACUAGAACGAUUAAACGUCGCAGAUGCGCUGGUCAUUUCCACAAGUGCUCCGAUUUUCGUUACGCUGCUCGCCUUCUUCCUGUUGAAUGAGAAAUCUGGCAUAUUUCCGUUUUUCAUGGCGAUUCUGACCCUACUUGGCGUUGGUAUAAUAUGUCGACCUCCAAUUCUCACUGGGGCUGCCACCUAUGAUAAUAAUUUGAUGAUUGGAGCAGCAGUAAGUUUUGGAAGCAUGUUGUGUCUUGCGACGUCCUACAUAAUUAUUCGCUACCUUAGAACGGUUCAUCAUGCCGUCGUCAAUUUCUUUUUCUCUGCGUGGGGGUUUUUCCAGUGUGUGAGCAUCGCAUACUAUUUGGAUGUUCUAGGUCUCCCUAAAAAUUGCACCGAAGUGUUUCUAAUCAUUGCAACAGCAGUCUUAGCGUUUAGUGCCCAAACUUUUCUUACGUUGGGAUUAAAAUACGAACAAGCAGGACCAGUCAGCCUGGUCAGAACGACGGAAAUUUUAUUUGCAUUUGGAUGGCAGCUCAUUUUCCUGGGAGUGGUUCCAGAUUUAUUUAGUGUACUUGGAGCUUUUCUGGUGAUAUUUGCCGUUGGUUUAACUGCAAUCAGGAAGAUGCUCGCUAAUCUACCUGACGAUCACAAAUAUAAGAAAAUGUGUGGAGUGUUGCUCCGCUAAUUAUUUUAGUCAAUCGAAAAUACGCAAUACUUUUGUACUUGAUUUUUUUGACGAUAACGCAAAUAAAGUGCAUAUUUGACAUUAAAAUUAAA